GGGCGCUGAUGCGGGAGGAGAAGGGCGUACGGCAUCUCGAGGAGGCCAUCCUGCGUCGCGGCGGUGGGGCGCACACGCGGAGCGGCCGGAGCGAGCUCGUAGGCGACGACGACGACGGUGGUGCCGCGUUCCCGGCUGCCGCGCUUUCCCCUCCCCCGCCCCUUCCCCUCCUGCCGCCGCCCCCCACCUCAGCCCGCUUUCCUCCCAGGACGUCGGGAGCCGCUUCGGAAAGCGCAGAGGCUUGUGGGGGGGGUGGGCAGAGACAAAAUGGAGGCGAACGGCAGCAGUGGCAGCAGCAGCGACUCGGCGCCCGACUGCUGGGACCAGGCGGAUAUCGAGCCCGGCGCUGGCCCGGCCGGCUCCUCCGCCCCCGGCGCCGCCUCCGGCGACGUGCCCAGCCCGGCCCAGCUCGACGCCGCCUCGGCGGAGCAGCAGGAGCAGCUGCUGGGCGCGGCCUUCAGCCGGCACCUCAACGUCAACGCCAAGCCCUUCGUGCCCAAUGUCCACGCCGCCGAGUUCGUGCCGGCCUUCCUGAGAGGAGGCCCAGGCCCGGCCUCCUCGUCGUCGCCGCCUUCCUCCACCUCCGUCGCGUCCUCCGCGCCCGCGCAGGGACUCCCACCGCCGCCUUCGCCCCCGCCGGGCCUGCCGCCCCUGACGUCGCUGCCACACGGGGCAUCAGCAGAAUCUUCACAAGAAGAACAGCCAUCACCUUGUGAAGGGUCAAAUGCUGCAGUCAGUAUGGAAAUCUCAGAACCAGUUGUAGAAAACGGAGAAACAGAAAUGUCCCCUGAAGAAUCAUGGGAUCACAAAGAAGAAGCUAUUGAACCUGAGUUAGCAAGUGGACCUUCUGGAGAUGCAGGACCUACCGAGGAAGGCACCCCGGAAAUGAUGGAGGAGGAAGAGGAGCUACCAAUACCUAAAUCUCUGAUAGCACCACCAGGUGCUCCCAAAAAAGAACAUGUAAACGUAGUAUUCAUUGGACAUGUAGAUGCUGGCAAAUCAACAAUUGGAGGACAAAUAAUGUACUUGACAGGCAUGGUUGAUAAAAGAACACUUGAAAAAUAUGAAAGAGAAGCUAAAGAAAAAAACAGAGAAACCUGGUACCUCUCCUGGGCCUUGGACACAAACCAGGAAGAAAGAGACAAAGGUAAAACAGUGGAAGUGGGCCGUGCCUAUUUUGAAACGGAGAAGAAACACUUCACAAUUUUAGAUGCUCCAGGGCAUAAGAGCUUUGUCCCAAAUAUGAUUGGUGGUGCUUCUCAAGCUGAUCUAGCUGUGUUGGUUAUCUCUGCAAGGAAAGGAGAGUUUGAAACUGGUUUUGAGAAAGGAGGACAAACGAGAGAGCAUGCCAUGUUAGCGAAAACUGCAGGCGUAAAACAUUUAAUAGUUCUUAUUAAUAAAAUGGAUGAUCCAACUGUGAACUGGAGCAAUGAAAGGUAUGAGGAAUGUAAAGAGAAAUUGGUGCCAUUCUUGAAGAAAGUUGGCUUCAAUCCAAAAAAAGAUAUUCACUUCAUGCCCUGCUCUGGAUUGACUGGAGCAAACCUCAAGGAACAAUCGGACUUCUGUCCUUGGUAUAUUGGGCUACCGUUUAUUCCAUAUCUGGAUAACUUGCCAAAUUUCAACAGACCGGUUGAUGGACCAAUCAGGCUGCCAAUUGUUGAUAAAUAUAAGGAUAUGGGCACGGUAGUUCUGGGAAAGCUGGAAUCGGGCUCUAUCUGCAAAGGACAGCAGCUUGUGAUGAUGCCAAACAAGCACAAUGUGGAAGUCCUUGGGAUCCUUUCCGAUGAUGUAGAAACUGAAUCAGUAGCUCCAGGUGAAAAUCUGAAGAUUCGACUGAAAGGAAUUGAAGAGGAGGAGAUCCUCCCAGGGUUUAUACUCUGUGAUCUUAAUAACCUGUGUCAUUCAGGACGCACUUUUGAUGCUCAGAUAGUGAUAAUUGAGCAUAAAUCCAUCAUCUGCCCAGGUUACAAUGCGGUGCUGCAUAUUCAUACCUGUAUUGAAGAAGUUGAGAUCACAGCCUUAAUCUGUCUGGUAGACAAAAAAUCAGGAGAGAAAAGCAAGACACGACCCCGUUUUGUUAAACAAGAUCAAGUAUGUAUUGCCCGUUUACGGACGGCAGGAACUAUCUGCCUUGAGACAUUCAAAGACUUCCCUCAGAUGGGUCGAUUCACCUUAAGAGAUGAGGGUAAGACCAUUGCAAUUGGAAAAGUUCUGAAAUUGGUUCCAGAGAAGGAUUAAGCAUUGUUUUUGACAAGCCUGCACAAAUACUGUGAGGGGGAAAAAUUGACUCUGCAAAAGCCUACUUCACAUCGCCUUCUUAUUUUCUUCCCAUUGAUAACCUUCUCCCUAUAUUUGCAAAGAUGAGAUUUCACAGCAAAGGUCCACAUUAUGUCAGCUUUCUCAUAUUGAGAGCUCUGCUAUGCCACUGUUGAAUCCCCCCCCCCAAAGUUUUUUUUCCUCCCCUUUUCUCCUAAAUUCUGCUUCCUUGGAAAGAUUUGGCAAUAGCUUUGUAAGUGAUGUGGACAUAAUUGCCUAGAAUUAUGAAAAAUCUAUAGGAUUUAUGUUUAUUUCCCCUCUCCCAGCAUAUUAAACAUUUUUCAAGGCAGAUCAUUAAGAGUGUGCAAGCGUGUGUGCACAUGUUACAAAGACAAUUACCAUGUUAAUAAACUAUUCAAUUUGAAAUCUUUUUUCAGUAUCUUAAUUGCUUUUGAAUAAUGUUUUUAUCCAGAUGUAACACCUGUUGCAUUAGCUUUUAACCUGCCAAGUAAUCUGAAUAUUCAAUUACUUAGGCUUUUCUGAAACCCAACUCUUUCCCUUUGCCGCCUCCCGGACGAAGUUAUAAAUGAAGCAAUUAGACAAUUGACAAAAUUUGUACUAAAGAAACUUUCUCCCUUUCCUUAUGGUGGAUUUAAAAAAAUUAAAUAUGUUCAUGCAAGUAUGGUACUAUUUAAUUAGUGUUGCAUCACUUUAUCUACAAACAAACUUAACUUGAUUAUUUUUUACGCACUGGGGCGAGCUAGAUCUACCUACAGUGCCCUGAAUUACACCAUCAAAUCCUGUCUGGCAGAAAAUGCUAACCAAUAAAAUUAGUAGGACUGUUACGUGACAUCUCUGGCAAUAAUGCAGGUACAUGGUGUUUGGUCUAAAAACUAAGCACAAGUACCAGUUUAUGAUAAAGUUGCGCUGUUCAUUCUGUCUUUUAACUUGGAAGAUCGGAGAAUCUUUGGUUGCUGGGUUUUGUUUUGUUUUUAAAAAAAGAGAUUUGAAGCAAACCAAAUAGGCCAUAGAGGAGUGGUAGGUAUUCACUCAGCUGGCAGUGACUGAAUGAUGGCUCACUCGGCAAGUGCCACUCCAGAAGGUUUGUUUGAGAGUAGAAUCAAGCACAGUCUAUAAAUUUCUGCAUAUCAAAGCAAUUUGAGUUAAAUGAAAGCAAAAGUGAAUAAAAGGAUUUGUGGUUGGCAGUUCAAAGGAACAGGGGUUGUAAACUUUAUACUUGGCUGAAUGUUGGUCUGUACCAUUGCUAUAAACAAUUAGGGAAAGAGUUGAAAGGGAGGUGCAAUGAUAUUCAAAGUGUUUAAUGGCAAAUCUCCAUUAUUAGGUUCAUAUAAGAAGGCUGACUUCCAAUAUUGUUCAAAGUGCUUCUCCAAUUAAAUCCUUUGCAGUGUAUGUUCAAAUAGUAAUGUGCCCUUUCCCCUGAAGUUUACAGUCAUGUGACUGUUUCAUUUUACACAAUUCUAAAUUUAAAAUGUUUGCCCUUUUUUGUUUCUUUGUAACUGUGGAACCUCCCAUCCAUUUCACUUGAGGCUACAUUGUAUGGACGAAGCAAAGUUUAUUGUCCUUCAAUUUCAUAUGACUACACUUGUAGCUACCGUAAUGCAUGAAAUUUAAAUAAAUUUUAUUAUGUCUGCAAA